GGGGGGCGGCGAGGCCGCGGAGACGGGUACGGGAGGGCAACGGUGGGGAUGUGAGCACGUCGCGGGAGAUGAAGAGGAAGUGGAGGAGCAAGCACAAGAACAGUCCGUCGCUCAUCCAUCUGCCAGACCCUGACAAGGCGUCGGAUCACAGCUCGCUCCAUGGCUCGCUACUGCGCCACUUCUCCAAGUCGGCCAUCGACCUCACCCGCUCGCGGGACAGGUCAAACGACAGGUCAAACGACAGGCCAAACGACAGGUCAGACGGUGGUGCUGGCGGCGCGGCGGCGGCCGGUGACGACCGGGCCGAACGGCCCGACCAGCCCCACCUGGCUGAGAAGGUGGCCCUGGUGCAGAAGACGCACGGCUUCCUCAGCACCAUCCGGAAUCGGUUCCAGAAGUCGCACAGCCGUGAGCACUCGGCCUCCCGAGAUCAGCCGAACGGCACCUCCCGGACCGGCUCUGUACCAGAUGUCUCGCAGAAGGAGAAUUCGGAUCACGGUGCCGACUCUUCGGAUCCCAGCGGAUCCAACACACCCAACUCCAAGUCACCGCGCAAAGGUUCCGGGGCGAAGCUGAAUGGAGGCGGCGAGCCGGGUCAGGACUCGUCGCAGUACGCGUCGCUGAAUCAGCAUGACUUCUUCGUCUUGGACGUGUACCUCAAGCAUGGUCGCAACCUGCCUGCCAUGGACAGCAGCGGCACCAGUGACCCGUAUGUCAAGUUCAAGCUGGGAGGUAAGGUGGUGUGCAAGUCCAAGAUAGUGUACAAGACGCUGAAUCCUCUCUGGGACGAAUGGUUCCAAAUUCCCGUGGAUGAUCCUUUCCAGCAGCUCCAGGUUAAGGUGUACGACCACGACUGGGGCAUGAACGACGACUUCAUGGGCGAGUCAGAGCUGGACAUCAGCACCCUGGAACCCAGCAAGGAACAGGAGUUGACGCUGCCUUUGGUCGAUCCGUCCAAGUCGGGCGAACAAGGCAGCAUUACGCUCACCGCCAACCUCGUGCCAAAGAGCAAGGAGGAGAGAGACCAGCUGACGGGAUCCGGCUCGAAGGGCGCGGACCCCAAGAAGCUGAAGAACCAGCAGUGGAGCAGCGUGGUCACCAUUGUUCUGGUGGAGGCUAAGGACCUGAUGGCCAUGGACUCGGAGGGCACUAGCGAUCCUUACGUCAAGCUCAGGCUGGGCGCGGAGAAGUACAAGAGCAAGGUCGUCGACCGCACCCUGACGCCGCGCUGGCUGGAGCAGUUCGACAUGCACCUCUACGACAGCGGCUCGCAGAUCCUCGAGAUCGAGGUGUUCGACCACGACGCCCGCAGCAAGGACGACUUUAUGGGCAAGACGACGGUGGAUGUCUCGAAGCUGGAGCGGGAGAAGACGCACCGUCUGUGGACCGAACUGGAGGACGGCGCCGGCUCCGUCUUCAUCCUCCUUACCAUCUCCGGCAUGACCAAUGUCGAGACGAUCUCGGACCUCCUCACCCACCAGGAGGACGUGGAACAGACGGAGCAGAUCAAACAGCAAUUCGCGCUGAAGAGCUCGUUCAAGCAGGUGAAGGAGGUGGGCCAUUUGACGGUGAAGGUGUUCAAGGCGAUGGGCCUGGCGUCAGCCGACAUCGGCGGCAAGUCCGACCCCUUCUGCGUGCUGGAGCUGGUCAACUCACGUCUUCAGACGCAAACCGAGUACAAAACGCUCGCGCCGCAGUGGAACAAAAUAUUCUUCUUCAACGUGAAAGAUAUCCAUAGCGUGCUGGAAGUAACAGUCUACGAUGAAGACAAGGACCACAAGGUCGAGUUUCUGGGCAAAGUAUCCAUCCCUCUGUUAAAGAUCCGUCCCGGAGAGAGACGAUGGUACGCCUUGAAAGACAAGAAACUGCUGGGCAGAGCUAAGGGAAACAACCCUCAAGUUAUGCUCGAAAUGGACUUAGUCUGGAACCCGGUUCGUGCCGGAAUACGCACCUUCAACCCGCGCGAGGAGAAGUAUACCAGGCCAGAGCUCAAGUUCAAGAGGGCAGUGUUCAUCCGAAAUGUGAACCGGCUGAAGGAGAUGGGAGCCGGGUUCGCCGAAGGAGCCAAAUUCAUCAAGAGCAUCUUCGACUGGGACUCGAAGCCGAGAACCAUCGCGGCCUUCAUCGCCUUCAUGGUCGGCGUCUACUCGUUCGAACUGUACAUGGCGCCCGCAGCCCUGCUGGUGGUCUUCUUCAAGGGUUGGGUGGUGAACCUCAUCACCUCCGGCUUCCGGAGCGCCGACGAGGACGAGUUCGUCGGCGACGACGACGACGACGACGACGACAAGGACAAGGCUAAGGACAAGAAAAAAGAGCCCAGCGAGGACGAGAAGAAGUCGCUGAAGGAAAAGCUGAUGGCCGUACAGGAGGUGACGGCCAUGGUGCAGAACAUCCUCGGCUACAUCGCCUCGCUCGGGGAGUGCGUCCAAAACACGUUCAACUUCACCGUGCCGUUCCUGUCGUGGCUGGCCGUGCUGGUCUUGAGCGUAGCAGCCGUCAUACUCUACAGCAUCCCCAUCCGCUACCUGGUGAUGCUGUUCGGAGUGCACAAGUUCUCCAAAAAGUUGCUUCGGCCGAACGCCAUACCCAACAACGAGCUGCUAGACUUCCUCUCGCGCGUGCCCGACAACGAUCAGCUGCGCCAGUACCGCGAGCUGAGACCAACUCAGGUGUCGGACGCGGAGAGACGGCGCGAGCAGCGGAUGAAGCAGGCGCAGAAGAAGUCGGCGUAGCGGGGCCACACUGCUCUCAUCUCGUCGUUCGUCAUCACCAUCAUCAUCCGCGCCAACUCUCGCAGGCUUCCAGACCCUUUCCGUCGGCUUGGCUCAGCCAGAGUUAUAUUUCUCCGCGUCCAUGUUGUUCAUGCUGUCACGCAAGUCUUCUGCACAUCUGCCGUAGUUACUUCACUUGACGGAAUUUAAAGCUACGUCGAAGACCAAAGUUUCACUGGUUCAUUUGUUCUUUCCAUAGCUCGGAGUGCAUUUUAAGCGUGUUUUAUGUUGAGUGCAUUAUUGUGUUGUUCAGAAUGAGUUUUUCGCAGGUACACGUAUGUUUUCACUGGCUGUAUCAGACCACUUUGCUGUAUGCCGUUCUACGAGGGAACAAAUAUUGCUUGACCAUUGUCAGCAAACUCGGUACUUCACGAUAUUAAUUGAGCAAAGCACCCGUUGCCUUGUAGGGCGGCUCCGUGCUGGCUUCAUGCUGUACAGCUCCCCUCGUUCCUAGUUAAGAAACACCAUCUUUUUGCAUUCCUGUGCUCCCGUUUGACUUCACCUUCGAACCGGCUCCGUCAUUUUCCAAGGCGCCAGGGUAGCUCUAGUCAUGGACCUAAUCUCAAGACGUUCAGGGUCGCAGUUUUUGGUGGCAUUGUCUGUCAUCACGGUUCGGUAUUGCUUUUUUGGUUUCACGGUUCACGUUCGUGAUCAGUUUCGUGUUUCGUGGUGGGUGGUUCCAUGCCCUGCUGCGAGUGGUUCAGUGCUCAGUUGUCGUUGGUUCAGUGCCAUCCGUUGAUGGCUCGCAGUCCAGUUGACGGCGGCCCAUCACCCUGUCUUCGGUGUUCUGGCAUCCAGUUGUCACUGAUCCAGUGGCCAGAUGCCAGUGGGUCCGCGUCCCAUUGUUGUACUGCAGUGCCCGUUUGUCGUUGGUUCAGUGUCUGGCUGUGGGAGGUUCAGUCCCAAGUCAGCAGUAGUUUAAUCGCCCGAAUGUCAGUGACUUAGCGCCGCCUCCGCGGCUGGGAGUGAGAGACACAGCGCUCGCCCGCGCUCGCGUCGGGCUUCGUCCGCCGACCCGGCACCGCACCGGCUCACACCUCCUGGGGCGCUCCUCCGCCGCGCCGUCACUGUGACUGGGCAGCUUCAGACGGAGAGGGGCGGGACCGGUGCUGGCUCUGCCGCCCCACCGUCGGGGCUGCGAGCAGCACCGUCAGAAGACCCCAGACAGCCGCGGCCAGAGGCGGAGCACUUGGCUUGUGGCUCACCUCUGGAAAAUUGCCGAUGUUGAUGCCCCUUCGCUCAGCGAAGGUCGGCUUUCUCCGGUCAUCUCCUUCCUUCUUUUGGUGGGCUCGUGGUGUGGCUCGUGCCCCUCUCACCGCUUCCGAGAGCCAGCCACGUGCAAUACGGCUGUUAAGCGGGCUGAUUGUGUGCCAUGCGUGAUGCGUGUGGCUGUAAGUGCAGGUGUAAGGCUCGUUGCAGGCGUUUAAUGGCUUCCGUCCUUUGGAAAUGUGUCCUUGAUGGCGUUGUGGCUCGUGGUAGGCUUGUCAUUGGCUGUAUAAACUAGACAUGUCUCUGUCAUUCCCGGGGGCGCGUAGACUGCUCGCAGUGGAAGUGCCCAUCGACGCCGUUGAUGCAUGUGGACAUUCCCAGAGCUUCAACGGGGCGUCGCAAAAGUCUGACGGUAUUUUUGCGUUCGAUGUUACAGUGCUGGUCGUGAUUUUGGUGCCUUUGAUUCAUGUUGAUACUGGGGGGUAAAGCGACUGGAACAUUUGCAAUAUGAUCUGGCCUCCUCAUAACAUGUUCACUUUGUCAACUCCCGGCUUUUUGACCUGAUUAAAGGUAGUGUGAAUGCUUCACCGUACAACCAAAACAACCGUGAUUCUACACGCUAGACAUGUUUUGACCAGCAAUAGCAGGCGAAAUGCCACGGCACGAAUAUUCUCCGUUUCCGCAAAAUCAGUCAGGCAUUGAACGACAGCGGAUAUUGGCCAUCGCAGCAGUCAGCUAGCUCCCUCGCAGUCCACGGCAGCCAGACGCCCCGUACUCCCAGCCUCCCACGGUCAGGCCGCCGCCGCCGGCGCGGUGCCUGACCCCCGCGCUGCUCUCGUCGUGUCGCUCUGUGUGCCAACGUGUCGGCUGCUCGGCCGCGGUGGAGGGGUGUCGGGUGUACACGCGCUGUGAGGAGCCGCGCCGCGCUCCGCGGCUGUCGGGUGUCGGAUUCUUGCCGUCGGGGCGGUGUCGACCCAGCUUCGGGCCGCCGCCGGCCGCGUGCUUGGCAUUACCACAUCGAUAAUAAACGACAAUAAGCGAUGUGUGAA